AUGGAGGCUAUCGUCCGUGAAUCUUCCUUAGCCAAUUUACUAAGAACAUAUACAUCUCAGCGACGUAUGUGCUCUCCCGGGAGGAUCAUAGUGCUAUUGUGCCUUGGUCGAAUUCAUGGACUACAACCUUUAACACUGUCAAAAUAUCUAUGGAUCCAUUUUUCUACAAUGAACAUCUAUGGAGAUAUCCAUGAUAUUACCAAUACUUCGUUUUUCCCAGCAACAGAUACAGAAACUAACGAAUCUGAUGAUUAG